CGACGAACCACCUCCAAACCUCUUCACCCGACCACACCAAUUCCACCCACGCCCCCGCCAUGGGUAUCCAGAAGAAGCACGGCAAAGGCCGUCUUGAUAAGUGGUAUAAAUUGGCCAAAGAGAAGGGAUAUCGAGCCAGAGCUGCCUUCAAAUUGAUCCAGCUGAACAAGAAGUAUGGCUUUCUGGAAAAGACCAAAGUUCUGCUGGAUCUUUGCGCUGCGCCAGGAGUACGUUCAUCGAUUCUAUUUCAAGAUAAAACCUAAUAAUAGCGCAGUCAUGGUGUCAAGUAGCAGCAGAGGUUAUGCCUCCCAGCAGUCUCAUCGUCGGUGUCGAUUUGUCCCCAAUCAAAGCAAUUCCACGAGUCAUUACUUUCCAAAGCGACAUCACCACCGAUAAAUGUCGCGCAACAAUCCGACAACAUCUCAAAACUUGGAAAGCCGAUACGGUUCUUCACGAUGGAGCUCCGAAUGUUGGUACAGCUUGGGUACAGGAUUCUUUCAACCAAGCCGAAUUGGCUCUCCAAGCUAUGAAAUUGGCCACCGAGUUCUUGGUAGAAGGAGGAACCUUCGUCACCAAGGUAUUCAGAUCCAAGGAUUACAACAGUUUAUUGUGGGUGUUCAACCAGCUCUUCACGAAAGUCGAAGCUACCAAACCACCCUCGUCGAGAAACGUUUCUGCCGAAAUUUUCGUCGUCUGCCAGGGAUUUAAAGCGCCAAAGCGAAUUGACCCGAAAUUUUUGGACCCACGAUCAGUUUUUGCUGAGUUGUCGGAUCCCACACCAAACAAUGAGGCCAAGGUUUUCAACCCAGAGAUUAAGAAGAGGAAAAGAGAUGGUUAUGAGGAUGGAAACAUGACCCAGUACAAGGAAGUUGCGGCUAGCGAAUUUAUCCAGACAACCGAUCCCAUAGCUAUUCUUGGAAGUCUGAAUAAACUUACUUUCGAGCAACCACCAAAUGGAGAUGUCGCAUUGGCUGCUCUAGAUAAAUUGCCAGAAACUACCCAGGAAAUCAGGGAUUGUUGUGCUGACUUAAGGGUGUUGGGAAGGAAAGAGUUUAGAAGUUUGUUGAAAUGGCGAUUGAAGGUGCGCGAAAUAUUUGGCUUUGCAACAAAAAAGACUGUCAAACCAGCGGAAGAAGAGGUGGCCGAAGUGGAGUCAAUGGAUGAGGAGUUGAAAAUCCAAGAAAGACUACAAGAAUUAACCGACAGAGAAAAGGGUCGUAGAAAACGAGAGAGGAGAAAGGAAAAUGAAAAGAAGCAAAAGGAAAUUAUUCGCAUGCAACUUCACAUGGUUGCGCCAACAGAAAUUGGUCUUGAGCAAUCCGGUCCGAAUGGAGAUAAUUCCAUGUUCGGUCUCAAGGCAGUCGACAAGACUGGCUCAGUCGAUAAGAUCGCGAAAGGAAAGAUGGUCAUGCUUAAAGACUCCGAUCAUCGGCAAGAUCAUGAUAGUGGACUUGGGUCCGAAGAGACUGAUGAGGAGAGUGACGAAGAACAAGACAAAUUAGACCGAGAGUUGGAUUCUAUGUACGAUCAAUACCAAGAGCGAAAAGCGAGCUCUGACGCAAAAUUCCGAGCAAAAAAGGCGAGAAAGGAGCACGAGGACGGGGAUUGGGAGGGCUUUUCUGCAGAUAAUCAGGACAGCGAUGAUGAUGAACUGGAAGGAGACAGCAGUGAUGAAUCUUCGGAUGAUGAAACGGAAUCAAAACGUCCUCUAUUAACAGACUUGGAGAUUGCUGAAAAGAAAUCAGGAGGUCUCUCUCGCAGAGCAGCACAGUUCUUCGAUCAGGAUAUCUUCAAGGACAUUGGAGGUAUACCUGAGGAAGAAUCGGAAUCGGAACUGGAAGAAGGAGAAGAGGAGAUCGCCGCUGACUUGGACGCUCUUGACGUGGUCAUGGAAGAAGCAGCUGGCAUCGAACCUGAUUCUGACUCUGAUAUGCCAGAUGAAGUGGAAGAGGCGGAAUCAUCAGAAGACGACGAUGGGUUUGAGAUUGUAAAGAACGAUCCAAAAGACAAUCCUUGGGAAGAUGAACCCCGGAAGGAUGGAAGGCUUGGUAUGUUACAUUUCAACACAUUUUCACUACUAAAAACUAACGGUUUAUGCAGACAUCGACAUUAUAACAGCGGAAGCUAUGACCCUCGCUCAAGCAAUCGCCUCAGGGAAGAAGACAACAGCCGAUCUGAUCGACGAGAACUUCACAAAACAUACCCUCAAAGACCGCGAUGGCCUUCCAGAAUGGUUCCUCGACGACGAAGGGAAACACGAUAAACCUCAUCGACCGAUUACCGCCGCUGGUGCCGCAGCCAUCAAAGAAAAACUCCGCGCCCUCAACGCACGCCCAAUCAAGAAGGUCCGCGAAGCCAAGGACAGAAAGAAGUUCCACGCUGCUCAGCGACUUGAAAAACUGCGCAAGAAAUCCGCCUUGUUGCAAGACGAGGAGGGUAUGACGGAGAAGGAGAAAGCGAGCAGUAUUAUGAAGCUGAUGAGUAAGGCGGCGAAGAAGAAGCCAAAGCGGGAGGUCAAGGUUGUGGUUGCGAGGGGAGGUAAUAGGGGUAUCGCUGGUAGACCGAGAGGUGUGAAGGGGAAGUAUAAGAUAGUUGAUGCGAGGUUGAAGAAGGACGUUAGGGGAGAGAAGAGGGCAGCUAAGAAGAGGAAGUGAAGUGUUGUGAGCGCUGGGUUUUUGUAAGUGGUAAUGGGAUUUUGAUACCAACCUG